AUGGGCGCUGCUAGCCCAGUCUGGGCCGAGACCUCGAAGCCUACACCUGGUCACGGCGUCCAGCCGCCCGCUCCGCCGAAGGGAGGGCCUCCACCGCCUCCUGGUGGACCCAAACCAGGUCCGACUGGCGGUCAUACCCCCCCAUCGCCUCCAGGAGGUCCUGGCGGACCAGGUAAUGGCACCUCGCCGCAGACGGGCCUCAAUGUCGCCAUGAAGUCCAAGGGCCGCGAAUGGUUUGGCACAGCGCUCACCAUCCGCAAUGACACCAUCGAACAAGGCAUCAUCUCCAACACGCUGGACUUCGGCUCUGUUACGCCUGAAAAUGCCAUGAAGUGGGAGUCCACCGAACCGGAACAAGGCAACUUCACCUUUGCUGAUGCGGAUGCCGUCGUUGCCUUCGCCGACUCCAAUGGUCAGGAGAUCCACUGCCACACUCUAGUGUGGCACAGCCAGCUCGCGCCCUGGGUCGAAGCGGGCAACUUUGACAAUGCUACCCUAAUUGAGGUGAUGAAGGAUCACAUUCGCGCCGUGGCUGGCCGAUACAAGGGCAAGUGCACGCGCUGGGAUGUUGUCAACGAAGCCCUCAACGAGAACGGCACCUACCGCGAGUCCGUAUGGUACACCACGAUCGGCGAAGCGUACAUUCCCAUCGCCUUCGCCACUGCGCACAAGGUGGACCCACAGGCAAAGCUGUUCUACAACGACUACAACCUCGAGUACGGCGGCAACAAAACAGCCGGUGCCAUCCGAAUCGUCAACCUGGUCCGUCGGUACGGCGCGCACAUCGACGGCGUUGGCUUCCAGGCCCAUCUAUCGUCCGAGGCCACGCCUACGUCACCCGGCCCCGCGCCUUCCGAGGCCGAGUUAACGGCUACGCUACAGAGUGUGGCCGACUUGGCCGUCGAUGUGGCGUACACGGAGCUGGAUCUCCGAAUGAACACCCCGGCCACAGCAGAGAAGCUGCAGACACAGGCGGACGCGUACUCGAGGGUCGUGGGAGCUUGCUUGAAUGUGGCGAGGUGUAUCGGUAUCACCGUCUGGGGAGUGGUCGAUUCGUAUUCGUGGAUUCCUGGUGUCUUCCCUGGUGAAGGUGCUGCGCUGCUCUGGGAUGAGAACUACCAGAAGAAGCCGGCGUAUAACGCCACGCUCAAUGCUAUCUUGGAAGGUUGA